GGGAGGGCGAGGAGGAGGAGGAGGAGGAGGAGGAAGAAGAAGAAGAAGCAGGAGACGGCAAUAUCGCGGUAAGCAGAGCGCUUCUUCGGCGAGGAGUCGGCCGAAUCGCGAAUGAUACGCAGGAGGUAGUAGUGGCGUGCGCUGGUACCCACCGUCACCAGGGUAGCGCAACGGAAAAGUGCAGAAGAGGAGAGAAGUUGUCGCCGACAACAGUGGUGAUCUACAAUGCGGUGAUCUCCCGGUGAGAAAGGAAGAGAGAGAGGGGGCAAGCGGCAAAGAGCGAGAGAUAGAGAGAGAGAGAGAGAGAAAGAGAGAGAGUGCAUCGACGUGAACCUUGCCCCGUCGUGUGCACCCGGCCAGGUGAUUCUCGCGCUGGCGAUAUCUCGUCUCUCGGACAGUUGUGGACAAUUCGCGCAGUGGUAAGAGCGAUAUCCCGUGUCCCGUCCCUGUGCAUCCGGCGAUCAUCUACGGGGGAGAAUCCGAUAGGCGCUUUCAUGGCGCGCGGCGGACACGGCGGGGAUCGUGCGUGCGCCGCCAACGAAAUACGAGACAGGACGAGCGACGUGAGAGGGCCACACGAGUGAACGAAGGAGCGAGCGAGCCAGCCAACAACACGCCACCCGUGUGUCAGCAGGAGCAUCGGCCGAGAAAAAACACACGACGACGACGGCGACGUACGCGCCGCGCACACAGGCACGCACUGGAGUGCGUCACCGCCCAUAUGUGAUGUGUUCCAUGCGUGCAAGCGAAUGAGUAAUCAUGCACUGUCCGGACAAGGGCUCGACUGCCUCCAAGAGCAAAGAGGGGCCUGUGACAAUGCGGGAGAAAAAAGGCGGUGCUCUCAGCAGAGUACAAAAAUUAAAGAAACGCCUCAGUCACAGUUUCGGGCGACUUUCUAUAUCAAAAGAAGAGGCUGAUGAUGCUACAACUAGAAGCCAAUUACCGUACAAUGGCUAUUCUGAGGAGUUCCUAGACCGUUUGGAGCCAAAUGGCAAUAUUCCUGCGGACAAAGAUCGCCGUUAUGAAUGGACAGGCGUGGGCGAUCACGAAAGAGUGCACCGGCAGCUUUCCGUUUCUAGCGAUUCUAAGCUUCUCGACGACGACAUACGGGAAGAAGCGAGAGUAAUCCUACGACCCCGACGUCCGCCGCGACCCAAAUCUGAGGUUUUCCUCGGCCCAGACCCACCUCCUAGAAGAACUAAACGAUUCUCUGCCUUUGGGGGAGAUUCGCCGUUCGGUAAAUCCGAAGCUUACAUAAAAUUAGAGCAGUUAGGAGAGGGAUCAUAUGCCACAGUGUUCAAAGGCUACAGCCACCUUACCAAUCAGGUGGUGGCUCUUAAAGAAAUUAGACUGCAAGAGGAGGAGGGAGCUCCUUUUACUGCCAUUCGCGAGGCGAGUCUUCUCAAAGAGCUGAAACACAGCAAUAUCGUGACUCUGCACGAUAUCAUUCAUACACGCGAGACACUCACUUUCGUAUUCGAGUAUGUUCACACCGACUUAUCGCAAUACAUGGAGAGGUACGGGAGCGGCAACGGUGGGCUGGAUACACGUAACGUGAAAUUGUUUCUCUUUCAACUGUUACGAGGACUGGCGUACUGUCAUCGCAGGAGAGUACUGCACAGAGAUGUAAAGCCACAGAAUUUGUUAAUCAGCGAAAUAGGAGAACUUAAAUUGGCAGACUUUGGGCUAGCAAGGGCCAAAUCCGUGCCAUCGCAUACAUACUCACACGAAGUCGUGACCUUAUGGUAUAGACCGCCCGACGUUCUUUUAGGUUCUACAGAGUACUCCACCUCGCUCGACAUGUGGGGAGUAGGUUGCAUAUUUGUGGAAAUGUUAACUGGCGAACCAACAUUCCCAGGUGUACGUUGUACGUACAACCAACUCGAUAAGAUAUUUAGCGUCUUGGGCACACCUACCGAAGAGACUUGGCCCGGUGUCACGCAUCUGCCUGGAUACAAGGCACACAGACUGUUAUUUUAUCCGCCGCGGAAGCUAGGUCUCUCGUUCCCACGGUUAUACGAUAUCGCCGAAGGUGACAGUAUGGCGUCGUCGCUCCUACAACUGAAUCCUGAUCAGCGGAUAGGAGCGGAAGAAGCUUUACGACAUCCCUACUUUGCCUCUCUUCCUAGGAAAUUAUAUGAAUUACCUGACGAAGUGUCGAUAUUCAGCGUAGAAGGUUGUCAUUUGUACACAAACUCGAGGCACGGGUGCGCAGACUCUUGUCACAAGACUCUUAAGACUUGAGGUUAAAGUAAACGUUAAAAGGAGUAACUAAUAAGUAAAUUCGCAAUUUACACGUUGAGUGAUGAAACGUUCGUUUUCAUGAGAUCCAUAUAUUCACACGUACACAUACAAAAACAGACAACAGACAUGCAACACACACAUUCACACUUACACAGGCGCACAUGCACUAUUCCCAGGCGCGUUGUUCGCUCUCUCUCAGGGCUGCUCCAUGAUUUCCCGCUGUUCUCUUCUUUUUACAUGUAUAGAAACUCGAUGUAAUGCUAUCUCUUGGCUACUUAUCGUUCGUGUAUAUUUUCACUAAUUAGAUUCAUGCUUCGUCUAUGUAUCGGAAUAGAGCAGCUUGCUGACGUGCAAGUAAAAAAACUAAGUAGUCGCUUGCGAACAUCUGCUCUGUCGGUUCUGUGUGUGCAAGUAGCACUUGACAUUGACUUGAUGUAGUGCCAUCUUCUUUAUUUUAACAAGUAUCUGUCUUAUAUAUAGACGGGACACACAAACGGUAUCAUUGGUUAAGUUUAAGAGACAGCAUAGUUGUAUUUUUUCAACGCAAUUAAUCAUUUUUUUCCAUUUUUUAUUAUUUCGUUUGUAGCGAUAUUUUUAAGUAUUAGCACAUUUUUUCAUAACCAAUCCCAAACUUGGGAAUAGAGAAUGAUAAAUUUGCUGAAGAUAAUUGUCUAAUAAGAUAGUAGAUUUCUUGUAAUUUAAAAAUGCUCUAGAGAGAUUCAGCAUGAAAUUAGAUACUCUAAUUGGUCGAUUUAUUCAUGGUGCCACUUUUUGAGAAUCUCUUUUUGCAAACUGAGAAUUUGUUACCCUUACGAUUCAUACUCGCGAGUCUGGCAUUACAUCGAGCUUCCGCUGUAAUAGCGAUAUUCUCUUUCUUUUUACUUUUUCUUUCCGAGGAUAAUACGUAUCGUAUAUAAAUUAAUUAACAAAAGUAAAUCGUAAAACUGGUCAAGGAAAAACAAGAAAGUAAAAAGCUUACGGCUAAAAGUAAGAAGAAAAAAAAUGAAAAAAAGAUUGUAAGGAUUUCGCACGCUCGAUUUAGGAAGCAAAAGCACGCACGACCCAUCCUCGCACUUCGUCCAAAUACUAGAUUUAGAUCGAAUACCAAUCAAAAGAGGAAGAAAGAAAGAGAAAGGAAGUACCAUACCGCCGCCCCAUGCCUCCCGAUCCUAGCCCAAGCCAAGUGGGGCGAAGCGGUUGCAGGUUAGCAAAACUAUUACUACGAAGUAAUUACUACUAUCUUAGAAAAAUUGUGGAAGACCUGUAGCACUCUAUAUAAACAAAUUGUUACCGCUGUCUCGAGCACGAUGUUGGUCGCUAGGACAGUUGAUAGAAUAUUGAUAGAUCAAAUAGGGAAGCGUUGUUUGAAUUAAAUUAAUUGUUAGAUGCGUAUGUAAAGCACGACGAUAGCGGAUAGGUAGGCGAGAAACUUAGGGGAGAAUGAGUCAGCGUCAUUCAGUAUUAGUGUCAAGUGUCCGUAGCUGCCGACAUCGCGAUACGCAGCGAGAAAAAACUAACUGAAAGCUCAUCGUUGAUAGUACCGAUGGUAGUGAUUUAGACGUAAGUGAUUAGAUAUUAGCUCGUAUUUAAUAUCGAUCGAAGUUUAUCGACAACGUCGCGAAACGUAGCAUAAUUGAUAGCGAAUCGAGAGGAAAAACAAAGAAAGAAAGGGAAAGAAACGAGAUAGCGAUUCUAGACUCGUCGAAAUUUCAUUUGUUCAAUUCGCUGUUAAUUAUUAUCGACAGCCAAAUGGUGCUCGACAUCGUAAACUGUGACGGUUUAGGUCGAUUCGUACUCGUGAUGUAGAGAAUAAUCAUUUAACGAGUAUCCGUUCGAUUUUCUAAAACUUGAUAAAAAUAGCGUUGGCAAUAGUAGAAAUAGGAGAAAAAAACGCGAGAACAACGGCGUUACAGUUCUUCCAAAUUUUGUCUAAGCUACGAUGGACUAUUGCGAUAAUAUUACUCCUUUUCGUAGGUUUACAUUUAUACCGAUUUUUCAGCACAUUUAUUAAAACAAAAAAAAAUUUAAAUAUAUAUCAACGAGGUGAAAGUGAGAGAGAGAAAGAGAGAGAGAGAGUGAGAAAGAAAGGAAGAGAAAGAGAGAGGGAAGAAGAAAUUUUGAAAAGAUUUGAGAUACGUUAUUACUAUUAAUAUUAUCAAUUAUUGUUUUAUUUCGAAAGGAAAGAAGAAGACGCGCGCGCGCGCACAGUCGGUAAAUUGUACAUAGAAUUAGCAGGUUCGUAUUAUCGAUGAUGCUAAAAUAGCUGAUGCGAGAUAAUAAAUGUGACUUUGUAAUAAAUUCAAACGUAUGGUACUCUGGACCCCGUUCAUCUCCGUGCAACCCGGCAGUGGUAUUACAGAGCUGGGCGUAAUAUCCUAAAAGCUGCUCUUUACAAAUUAAAAUUGUACGAACGAUGAUUACACAUUGUAGAACUACACAACUUCCUGAAACAAUGUUAAACCUUAGAGAUUUGCAUUUUCGAUAUAAAUUUAAAGAUUCGUUUUUAUUACAAAAGAAAGAGCGCAAAUAAGAGCUAUGAUCAAUGAUAUUUCUUACAACGAAAGCCAAAAUUUCAGAAUAUAUAGUACUGUUAGCAUAGAAAAUUUCGUUUUCAUUAUUCACGAGAUGAGAAUUUUUACUUGCUUAUUUAGUUUCUGUGGAAUAUAGUAUUGUUAAGAAGUUUCAUUUUCCUUUAAUGUAAAUAGAUGUGUAAUAGUUUUAUCACAUUGAAUUUACCCGCAUAUCUAAUAUCGAUUUAACGCGAAAUAUAUCGUAUAGCAUUAUUAAAAAUAUAUUUCUCACGCUAUUUUGAUGCAGCUCGCAUUAUCGUUUGUAUAAAGUUAAGUUUAAGAGUUUUACGUGUUCAGUAAGAUUCUUCGCAUUUUUUUAUUCUGCCAUUUUAUGAAGAAUGAGCGCAUUUAUAGCGUAAAUUAAAUACGAUAAUAAAUGAUAAUCAUAAGUGUUAGGUUCUAUAUUUAUAAAAAAAAUGUUCGUAGAUCUAUUAUUGUUUAGACACGAAAUGGUACUAAAGUCUUUUGUCUCUCAUGUUAUACCGGUUAUUCAAAGCUAAUGGCGCUUGUCUGUUUUGGAUUUUAUGACGAAAUGCGAAAAAUAUACUCAAAGAACAAUUAUAUUUAAAAUGCAGGAAGUGAAUUUUAAUUUGGCUCUUAAAGUGAGAAAAGAUAAAAUCGUAUUUUGUACUAUAAAUAUUGUAAUUUGCAUUGUACAUAUAUAAGAGCAUUUCUAUCUUUCGUACAGGAAUGUAUGUAUACGUUGGUGUGUAUUGGAUGUAUGUGUGUAUGUAUCUGAGAUGUUACACAUCUCUAGUUCUGGUGAUAUAAUGAAAUCUUUUUGAUUUCAUGUCGGACGCAUUUAUCUCUUUCUUUUUUCUUUAGGACUUUUUUUGUCUUUAUUUUUUGUCGAUGGAUAUCUAAUAAAAGUGUAGAAAGAAAGUUUUUUUCUUUUUUUUUUUUCAAAAUGAGCAUUGAUUUUCGGAUAAAAUGGAAAAAUACCAGAAAUUCAUACAGAUUCUAGAAAUCUCAUCGCUUCUCAUCACUUCUCAUCUAAUGAACAAAUUUACACCGGCAUCCAUACCACUGCCGAGUUCAGCGUUUACCAUACAGACGACGUUUCGUUCACUUUUGUAGGAUUGUAAAAGAAAAUUGUAAUUUUAACACAUGUACUUACGUUGUGCCUAGGUGUGUCUCGAUUUUGUACGCGCGUUACGUCCAAUCUAAUUGUAAAUUUUAUUUGUAUAAACUUUUUAUACGAAAGAAUCGCCGAUAUAUCCAAGCCGCUGCGGAAUUGUUUAACAGGAGGGUUAGGG